AUGGUGUUGAUGCAAGCUCUCCCCGGUAUCUUGGUAAUAUUGUGUAUUCUUGCCUACCUUAACAAGGCUCUCGGCAUAAAGAAACAUGAUGCUGAGCCCCCUUUUAUCCCAACCUCAAUACCACAUUUCGGUCAUCUUUUUGGGUUACUGAGCCAGCAGAUAGCAUAUUAUGCCAAGUUAAGCGCAAAAUAUGGGCAUAAGAUUUAUAGCCUCGCAAUGCCAGGUGGACGAAUUUAUAUAGUCAAUUCGCCUAGCAUCAUCUCCGAAAUCCAAAAACACCCGACGGUGUUGUCAUUCUGGUUUAUCGAAGCUUCACUCACGAAGAACCUCGGCGGCAUCAGCAACCAUGCAAAUGAUAUACUCCUAGAGAAUGCGAGAGGAGACAAAGGUCAACAUAGCUUAGUGGUUGACGGCAUGAAAGCUACACACAAGGCUAUGUCUGGUCAGAGUCUCGAUCGCAUGACCCUUGCUGCCAUCAAGCGAGCUAAGAAGGAGCUGGAUCGGCUAAGCGAUACGUCGACAGAAUUGGACUUGUGGGAUUGGGUGCAACGCCUAUUUUCGCUGGCAGUUUCCAACAGCGUUUAUGGGCCAGACAAUCCAUACGAGGAUACAAAACUAGAGCGUGGGCUUUCAGAGUUUGCGGAUCACACCGUCACCUUCUUAACUGGCUUGCCCCCGUGGCUAUUCAUUCCGAAGGCCUAUGCUGCACGUGAGAGCAUCGUCGCUAGUUUCGAGAACUAUUUUGCUGUAAAAAGCGACGAGAAGGGCUCCGAGCUUGUCCAAGCUAGGGCCAGAGUUCUCAGGGACUAUGGCAUCCCUGAAGCGGAUAUUGCACGAUUCGAAGCUGUCAACGGCUUUGGAAUCCUGUUGAAUCUCCUGCCCACAGCGUACUGGACAGUAUAUCACAUCUUCUCAGAUCCCGAGCUCCUCGACGCCGUGCGAAAGGAAGCAGAGACGUAUCUACCUCCCGAUAAUGGUUCACUACCGUAUGAAACCGAGCAUAUUGCUCAGCUUGACAAGAUGACCAUCUUGACUUCCACGUUAAAGGAGUCUCUGCGCUUUCACGCUUCCGGAGCCGCCGCCCGCAUGGUAAUGCAAGAUCAUCUGCUAUCGAAGCAGUGGCUACUCAAGAAAGAUUCAUACGUCUUCAUCCCUAACCGAUCGGCGCACUUUGACCAGGAGGCUUGGGGAGACAACGCAGAUAAAUUCAAUCCGUACAGGUUUGAUCGGCAAAGGGGUGAGAAGAUACACGCCGCAGCUUUCCGAGGUUUCGGAGGGGGAGCGAACCUUUGUCCCGGUCGGGCGUUUUCCACUCGACUUAUCGUGGCAGUUGUGGCUUCAUUGGUGCUGAGAUACGAUGUAAAGCCGGUGUCAGCCAGUGGAAAAUGGGAAGACCCUGGGCAUGACGAAAGCAGCGUCGGCCAUAUCAGAGGGUUUGUGGCCAACUCCCAGGAAUUACUUACUCGGGCAAGGCUAUACUUUGGAGAUACACGCGAGCCCUUUGCAAUAACUAUAGCGAAUCAACUGUUCUAUAUCAUCACUAACUCUAAUGAUGUCUCUGCCGUGUUUCGAAAUUCGACCUCCUUAACCUUUGAAAUAUUCGCUCAGGAGAUCUUGCACGACCUUGGUUGCUCUGAGCUCUCAAUCAAGCAGAUGUAUGGUGACCCAGAUCCGACUGAAGCAGGCAGCCAGAAACCUCAUACCAAAUCACCAAGUCGCAUGGCUCGCGAUUUCCACAUGCACCAACUUUUCCCUGGAGGUCUGCUAGAUGAUAUCAACAUUAAAUUUAUUCAGUACUUCCAAAGGACCCUUGACCUUGAAUCUCUUGUUGCGCAACCGAAGUAUGCCACUCAAAUUGCUUCAGAUGCCGUCCGAGUUUCCUUGUUUGAGAUGUCGUCCGAUCUUUUUACCAACGCAGCACAGGACGUUUACUUCGGUAAACUUCUCCGCAAUAUUGCACCUAACCUGGCCUAUGACCUCCUAGAGUAUGACGAUCUUGCAUGGCAGGUCCUGUUUCGCUAUCCACGAUUUCUGAGCACAAAGAUGGUAUCAGCGCGAACUCGAGUCUUUGACGGCCUGGAAAAGUAUUUUGCUUCCCCCGCCAACGAGCGACAGGACACCGUUUGGUUCACGCCAACUUUAGAGAAGGAAAUGCGCAAUGCAGGGCUCAAUAAUAGAGAUAUUGCUAUUAUGAUGAUGACAAUAUAUUGGGGGCUGAGUACAAACACCCGAAAGAGCGUUUUCUGGGUUCUUGCGUACAUCAUAUUUGACGCAGAACUCAUGGCGACCGUUCGUCGUGAGGUUUCUGCCGCCUUUGAGGGUGACCAGAUAGAUGUGGAUCAUAUUACAGAGAACUGCCCCCGCUUACGAGGUGUCUGGGACGAGACUCUUCGCACCACUGCAUUUUCAUCCUCAGUUCGCUAUGUAGCGGAAGACACCGUUAUUGGUAACAAGUUACUGCGAAAAGGCCAUCGUAUUAUGAUGCCCUAUAGGCAGCUCCACCUGGACGAAUCUAUAUUUGGGGAGCGCGUAGCGAAGUUCGAUAGUGAGCGAUUCAUCAAGGAUACCCAGCUACGCAGAUACAAUAUGGGGUUUGGAGGGGGUGCAACACAAUGCCCUGGCCGCCACCUUGCGAGACAGGUGGUCAUGGUGUUUGCUGCAAUGCUGGUUUAUCAAUUCGAUAUAGCUCUUGACCCGCCUAAUCAGGAAUUCCCCAAAGCUGAGGAGAAGAUUCCUGUUCUUGGAAUAAUUGGGUUGCUCGGGGGCCUCAUCCUCUGCAUGUAUGCGGUGUCCGGUACCACCGUGGUACAGUGUACGGCCAUUCAGCACGUACUCCCAAAUAGAGUCUUCUAUGGUGAUAGUUCUACUUACAACGCCUCGCUUUCUUCAUACUGGGCGGCCCAAGAGACCGAGACAAGACCUCUCUGUGUUGUGACCGCCGAAUCUCCUCAACAUGUCCAGGCGGCUGUUUCUAUACUUGCGGAUCUCAACUCAGGGCCACAAAUCCUCUGCCCCUUCGCGGUUCUAGCCGGGGGUCAUGGAAAAUCUGGCAAUUCGAACCAGCAAGGCGGAGUUAAUAUCGACCUUAGGGCUAUGAAAUCUGUUACUGUGAGCGAUGACCACAAGUUGGUUAGAAUUGGACCAGGAGCAAAAUGGGUGGAUGUAUACCGUGAGUUAGAUCCUUUAAAUAGGACAGCUCCAGGUGGCCGAGAUGGUACUGUCGGUGUCGGGGGUUUAUCCCUCGCAGGGGGCGUGUCCUAUUCUUCUCCAGAAGUAGGUUUCUCUUGCGAUAAUAUCGAAAAUUUUCAGGUCGUGCUAUCCAGCGGUAAGAUUAUAAAUGCAAACCAGACAUCGCAUUAUGACCUCUUCCUCGCACUUCGCGGUGGUGGCAACAAUUUUGGUAUCGUCACCCGGAUUGAUAUGAAGACCUUGUCCCUGGGUGAUAUGUGGGGUGGAACUGCCUAUUAUAAUAUUAGCACAUACCCGGAGCAGAUUCGAGCUUUUCAUGCGUUCAAUGCCGACCCAGAGUACGACAAACACUCCAACAUGUACCAGGCGUUUGGCUUCAGCGGCAAUACCACGGUAGUUUUGAAUAAUCUGAUAUAUUCCCUGCCAACGCCAGAGUUACCGCAAAAACUCAGAGCGUUUGCGGAUAUCAAGCCCGCCCUAUACAACACAUUGAGGGUUUCGAAUAUGUCUGCAUUUGCAACUGAGCAAGCUAUAGCAGCCCCAGCUGGGAACCGCCAAGUUGGGUACACCACAACGUUCAAAAAUUCACUAGAGAUGUUGACAGAUUCCUUCAAUAUAUGGAACGGUACUAUUCCGUUACUUAGCUCGAUGCCAGGACUUCAGUAUUCUUGGACUUUUGAGCCUCUCCCGCCUAUCAUUGCUGCAAACUCCGCCCGUAGGGGUGGGAAUAUGCUUGGAAUUACCACUGCUGACGGACCGCUAGUCUUGUGCCUACUAUCAGUCACAUACUCUGAGGCUAAGGACGACGAGACAGCACGCAGAGUGGCACAGAAAGUCAUCGCAGAUGUUGAGAUACGCGCGAAGCAGCUGGGCGUCUUCCAUCCAUUUAAGUAUGCGGGAUAUGCGGGCAAGGGUCAAAACCCCAUUCUUAGUUACGGUGUGAGAAAUGUUCAAUUCAUGAAGAAGGUUAGUCGACGGUUUGACCCCAGUCGAAUAUUCCAAUAUGCAGUACCAGGAGGUUUCAAACUAGACGAUGUACAUAAUUGA